UUAAAAAGUUUACUUCAUCGAGAACUUUGUUAGACUUACCAAACUUUAUUCCACGUUGUUGCACUGUUAACUUGGUGUCUCCCUUUGUCCAUCGGUGAUCUCUGGCUUCGUCCUGUCCGGAGGAAGUCCCAGAACUCCGCCAUGGAUGAGGGGGCUUCAUCAGUGCUAUAAGUUCUAGCUUGAGCAUCGUGAAUUCGUUCUACACGUUCUUCGCGUUAGUAGCUUCUACCUCGAUAGGAUUUUUGAGGUCAGCCUAUAACAUGGCACAGAUUCCAGGCAUUUUUAAUGCCGCUCGAUAUUUUGGUGGUUCUAGCCCUAAUAAAGGCCAGCAAGAUUCAUUUUGGAACCACCAAUCAAGCAGUGAAAAUAAUUUCUCAGGAUCAGAAGCUCUGCAAAACUCUUUCGAAGUAGCAACAUCUCCAACACAGAGCGUGGAUCCUUUUAUGAGUUGUACUCAGAAUGAAUUUGAUGGUUGGGAUGAGUGGCCGGCUGAAUUAGACGAAUUGCUUGGCAAUACUGCUACUCAUCAUUAUGAGUCGGAAAGUGUGGAUGGUUUUACUGAUUCCGAACUUGUGGUUCCACCACAUGAUGACAACGAGUUGACAGGGAGUACAACUUCAUCCUCACAAUCAUCUCCAGCCAUAAUGGAUACUAAUCAUGAUCAAAGUACUUGGGUUGAGGAGGAAACCUCCCCCUACAGUUACCCAAAAGUUGCAAAUAUGGUUAAUCAGUCUAUGACACCACAAAUGGAUUCUCAGCAGAGGUCAUUUUCUGGGGCUGACUUUUUUGAUUCUUUUCAACCUGAUGCAGUGGUGCAGGAAAGUGUUUCUGAACAUGCCCAAUUUGUUGAUCCUGAAAGCAAUCAAGAAGAAAUCACGGAGGGCAAUAAUUUGGCCAUCACAGAAUCACCUGCACCAAAAAUGGAUUAUGCAUGGGUUGAGGAACAAAACAGCCCAUAUGCAUACUCGGAAUACCCUCAGUCUGCAGUGCCACAGACUGCAUCGCAGCAAAAUUCUGCAAUUGACUGGUUCAACCAGUUCUCAAAUGAUCCAACUGACAGUUCUCAGCCUGAUGGGGGCAUGCAGAUGGCCUUCUAUCACCAAGAUAGUUCCUCCAAUGCUCCUCCUAUGAUGCAUCAAACAACAGACAUGCAAGAGUCUCAAGCUCAGCAAUACAACAGUGAGUCUUACCCACAGGGUUGGAGCCAAGAACCUGAAUCAAACAGCUGGUUCAACCGAGAAGAUGACAUUCUUGCCCAAGCAUCUUUGCAAAAUCUUGGAGAGCCUCAAGACAUGGGAGAUGCCAUGUUUGCUCCAGAUAGAGGUGUUGAGAACAAUGGUGUUUUCCCACCUGCUUCAUCAAUGGAUACUCCCUCUGAAUUACCUAAGCUAAACCAGGACUUUGAGAAACUGGAAACCCAACUGAAGCCUUCAGGCCAGGCUCCUGUGAAGGAACUUCCCCUUGGAGUUCAAGAACCAAGUGCAGCUGUUGAACAAAUUCAGCAAGGUCCACCAAUGGAGCAUGCUCUCCCAGUGCAGCAAGCUCCUCCAUUGCAGCAAGGUCCAUCAAUGCACCAUGGUCCACAAGUGCAGGAAGGUCCAUUAAUGCAGGAAGGUCCAUCAAUGCACCAUGGUCCACCAAUGCAGGAAGGUCCACCAAUGCAGGAAGGUCUACCAAUACACCACACUCCACCAGAGCAGCAAGCUACACCAGGGCAGCAAGGUCCAUCCAUGCAGAAAGCUCCUUUAAUGCAGCAAGCUCCACCAGUGCAUCAAGCUCCACCAAUGCAGCAAGGUCCGCCAAUGCAGGAAGGUCCAUCAAUGCACCAUGGUCCACCAAUGCAGCACAGUCCAUUAAUGCUCCAUGGUCCACCAAUGCAGGAAGGGCCACCAAUGCACCAGGCUCCACCAGCGCAGCAAGCUACACCAGGGCAGCAAGAUCCAUUAAUGCAGCAAGCUCCAUCAAUGCAGCAAACUUUUGUAAUGCAGCAAGGUCCGCCAAUGCAGCAAGGUAUGCCAAUGCAACAAGGUACACCAAUGCAGGAAGGUCCAUCAAUGCACCAUGGUCCAGCAAUGCAGCAAAGUCCACUGAUGCACCAUGGUCCACCAAUGCAGGAAGGUCCACCAAUGCACCAGGCUCCACCAGUACAGCAAGCUACACCAAGGCAGCAAGGUCCAUCAAUACAGCAAGCUCCUUUAAUGAAGCAAGCUCCCACAAUGUGGCAAGGUCCACUGAUGCAGCUUGCCCCACCAAUGCAGCAAGCUCCACCAAUGCACCAAGCUCCACUGAUGCAGCAAGCUCCACUGAUGCAGCAAGCUCAACCAGUGCAGCAAGCUCCACCAGUGCAGCAAGCUCCACCAAUGCAGCAAGCUCCUCCAAUGCAGCAAGCACAGAUGGAUUCUACUUUUUCAAAAGGGACAGAACAGAAAGAGCCAGAGGAAAAGCUGAAGUCCUUUAACCUCCAUGAGAUGCAUCGGGUAUCACCUGUAAAGGAAUCUUCAAGCCCUGAAGUACCGGACAGUCCUCGUGAUGCAUUUCAGGCUGCUUUUCUUCAGAAGCAGCUUGCUGGGAAGGCACCUGCUUCUUCACCUCGGACGUCUUUGUGGAUGAAUAGUGCUCCUCUGCCAACACCCUGUGUUCUAGCUCCUGCUGCAGUGGCUACAAUUGACUCCUCUGAGCCACAUGGAAAUGAAAGGGCUCCUUCACCUGAAAGACAGCCAAUGUCUCCAUCAGGACAAAUGCAGGAAAGAGGACCUCCAUCCCCAUUGCAGCAACCACCACCACCCACUAAUGUUCCACCUGAUGUUAUUCAACAAUCACAUUCAGUUGUAGCUCCUACAAGUCAAGAGGCAAUCAUGCCACAUGUGUUAGCAACAUCUGAUGGUGUUGAUCAGAGAAUGGCACCACCUUUGCCUGCUGCUCCUCCAGCUCAUGUUGGGAGAGAGUCUGUUACAUACCCUUAUGUAAAUCAACAACCAGAUGUCCAGCCAUGUGUAGCUGAUGUUUCCUUCAAUGCUCACGGUGGUCUUAAUCAAAGAAGAUCACCACCUCUCUCUUCAGAUUUGUCAGCUUAUUGUAGUGGGGAGUCUGGCCCUCACCCUAAAGUAAAUCACCAACCAGAUAUCCAGCCACAUACAGCUGAAGUUUCCUACAGUGCUUCCAGAAGUCACAAUCAAGGAGUAGCACCACUGGAGCCUGUGGCUCCUCCACCUCAUUUGGGUGAGGAGUUUGUCCCGCACCGUUGUGUAAAUCACCAACCAGAUAUCCAGCCAUUUACUGCUGAUGUUUCUCGCAAUAUUCCUGAUGGUCAUGAUCAAAUAGUAGCAACCCCAGAGCCUGCUGCUCCUUCAGGUUAUGUGGGUGUGGAUCCUGUCCCCCACUCCAGAGUAAAUCACCAACCAGAUGUCCAGCCACAUGUUGCUAAUGUAGUCUUUCCAACUCUAAGUGACAAUGUGAACCAUCAAGUUCCAGUAAAUCCCAAUGCAUUGCCCCGAAGCACUGCGGAGCCACACCAUGGGUCCAUGGUUCUACCACCUGAAACAUCAAAGACAGCUUCAAUUUCAACACAGGAACAAAUUAUGCAACCUCCCAAGGUUGAAGCAAAACCAGAACCAACACCAAUGUCAUUGGCAUCUUUGCUUCAGGGGGAAAAGAAGCAACCUAAAAAGAAAGCAUCUGACGUUGAUAAGAGCUUGCAGAAUCCAGUUCCAAUGCAGUCUUUCACUAACACUGUGCAGGAUUCCUCAUCUCCUCUCUCUGCACAAGAGAGAGACAAUCAUCCUUUUGAUUCAAGAGGUAGAGUAGAUGAGGGACGUCGGCCUGAGCAUGAUCCAAGUGACCCUCGUGAUACUGAUUCACCAGAAAAUUCAAAGCGCAAAGAUGAUCCUUAUUAUGACCGAGACAGACGGGAUCCAUAUUAUGAACAUGAUAGAAGAGAUUACAGGCGGGUGCAUGAAAGAAGGGAUUAUGACAGACACGAAUAUGGCCGAAGAGAAUAUGAUAGAAUGGAGUAUGACAGGAUGGAAUAUGAUUAUCGGGACAGAAGGGAAUUUGAUCGAAGAGAGAGUGAUCACAGUAGAAGAGAUUAUGAUCCCAGGGAUUAUGACCGAAGGAGAAGUUAUGAUAGAGGGGAGAGCUACGACAACAGAGAUGCCUAUUACGGUUAUGGGUCCCCAAGACAAGGAAGAAGGAGUUAUGAUGAUCACAGAACUUCCAGAGAAGAUUUGUACAGAGUUUCUGAUCCUGCAUAUCCUCAUUCAUACUACAGUGGACGCAGUACUCCUUCAUCUGAUAGAAACAGUCCUUCUUAUGACAACUCAUCGACUUCCUACCCCUCACAUCAUUAUGGCUAUCCGUCAUAUCCACCAUAUCCAUCAUAUCCUGAUACUCAAUCCAUGGACAUGUACCAGUAUUUAACAAUGUUGUACUAUUACUAUCCACAACACUAUGAUCAGUAUUGUGCCCAGCUUGGAUACUAUAACACUGGUUACACCCCAGAGCAGAUGGCUCAGUAUUACAAUGGAACCCAGUAUCCUCCUGGUUACCAAAACUCUCAGCCAGUACAGGCUGCUCAGACUGAAGUCCAAGAAUCUGAACCUGCACGACUGACUCCACAAUUGUACAGAGUCCAACAUCCCUUGGUGCGUUUCAGUGGUAACAGGUUGAUCUCCCUCCUAGGCAGUGGGGAAGAAGAUGAACAACCUAAGUGUGUAGUUGCAGCAGUUCAGAUGGUGUUUGAUGAAGAACAGAUAAAUCUCAUCAAAGCAUUUCCAGGCCCACUUUCAAGCAUGUACUCUAGUAGAACAGAAGUGAUGUCUUACUGUGAACAGAGGAGUGCUACAACAGACACAUCCGUUGAAUUAGUGAAAUCUCUAAUUUGGAAAAUUCUUGGGAAUCUAGUCAAGCACAAUGGAGCCUUUGUACCAUCUGAUUUGGCUGAAAUCAUUAUGGCAAACUGGAGGAUGUCUAAUGCAUCAGAUGAACAUGAAUUCCCAUGUGCUGAGAAUGCACUGCCAGCUUCCGAGUCUGAGAAGAACAAACAUGUUGCAGUUUAUAGAGAGAUGCUUUUAACAGGUGCAACUAAGGAUGCCCUGGAGUACUCCAUGAGAUAUGGUCUGUGGGGACACGCCAUGAUGCUGGCAGGAAAAAUGGAUAAGAAAGUGCAAAAUGAUGUUAUGACAAGAUUCAUGAGGACUAUGACUGAUUUUGAUCCAAUCCACACGGUUUACAAUCACCUUUCUGGAAGACAACCGGUUGCAUUGAUGACACCUGAUGACUGGCAAAGGAAUCUUGCAGCAAUGGUGGCCAAUCCACCCCGUCAGCACCCAAAGAGUAACAAGAAGAACAUCAUUUGUUUGGGAGAUACUCUGAUGGCUAAUGAUCAGGUUUGGGCUGCACAUUUAUGUUACCUGUUGGCUUCUGAAAAGUUUGGUUUCCCAUCUGAUGAAAAGACCAAGAUGACACUGAUAGGAGUAGAUCACAGAAAAAAUCCACUCACAGAGAAAUUCAUCCCUCUUGAAAACUUGCAGAUGAUGGAGGUUUUAGAGUAUGCUCUUAGUCUAAACAAUGAAGAAUAUCAUAUCCCAGUGCUGCAGACAUACAAAUAUCUCCACGCAGAAAAGUUGGCUGAGGGAGGUUUCACUGAUGAGGCUCAGCAGUAUGCAGACCUCAUUAGUCGUAUAAUCAUUAAACAUCCUCACCACUUUAACUCUACAUUAACCAAGAACAUUAAAGAGCUGGCAGACAGAUUAACUCCUGAAAGUGAAGAGGCUGCUGCUACAGAAAUGACGGAAAUGUUGGACAGGCUUCUGCAAGCUAAAGAUCAAUCAUCCCAGAUCAGCAGUUCUGUUACAGAAAGUGAAGGUGACGCAGAAGAUCCCCUUGGAGAAAGCUCAGUAUCCUUUUUCUCAGGAUAUGAGCCUACCCCCAAACAUCAGGGGGCAGAGGAAGCUGAAACAGCACCUCCCAUAAGACCGCCCUCAGCUACUGGUCAUCAUCAAGAUUCAUGGUCUAGUGGUAUGGAUCCAGAAGCUACUCAGCCUGAAAAGCCUCUAAUACAAGGAACUUCAUCCAUGCAGCAGUUUCCUUCAAGUGCUGCAUCCCAACCUCCAGACGUUUGGUCAGAGCCUUCAUCUGCAGCAAAUCCUCCUCCACAGCAACCUUUCUUUGUGCCAGGUCCUCCUGUGUCACAACAAGUUACUGAACCAAUGGUCAAUGACCCACCAGCUGCAGUGGAGGACCAGCCUUAUUACCCCCAGCAGCCAGUGUGGAAAGACAAUUACCAGGAGGUAUCAGAAGUAUCAUGGAAUGACAAUCAUCAAGAGCCCUCUUGGAAUGGCAGUCGUCAGGAACUGUCUUGGAAUGGCAGUCAUCAGGAACCAUCCUGGAAUGAUAGUCAUCAGGAACCAUCCUGGAAUGACAGUCAUCAGGAACCAUCUUGGAAUGACAGUGGCCAGUCAUCAUGGUCAGAGGGGGUCAGAAAUGAGGAACCAAAGAAAGUUGAGCCUCCACCUCCUAAAGAGCCUGAGCCACCAGCAAAAGAAGAACCAAAGCCCAAACCAUCUGAGAAGAAAAAGAAUGCUAAGAACAGCAGUAAGGGUGGCUGGUUCUCAGGUCUGUCUGGGAUAAUUCAGAAAGUCAUGCCUCGAGGAUCCAAUGAAAUGAUUCUUCCUGAUGACAAAAAUAAAACGAUUUACUGGGACGAGGAGCUCAAAAAGUGGGUUAACACUGAAGAGGAUGAGCAGGAGAAAACUCCACUACCCCCACCCCCAAGUGACAUGCAGCUUGGUGGAGGUAUGCCACCUUCUAUUCCACUCAGCAAUGGCUUCCCCCCCAGUGCAGCGUCAAAAAUGAAUGGUGCUCGUGAGACAUCUGCAGCUCCUCCUCCAUUUGGGGCCCCAUUGUUGCCAAAUGUUCCUGCCAGCCAGCAGUCCAGUCCAGGCAUGCUACCUGGAAUGACGACUCCUUCAACACCUUCUAAGUUCUCGCGGUUGGCACACGGGGGCAGAAGACAUGCUAAGAAGUAUGUGGAUGUCUUGAACCCAAAUAGCCAAAGCUCCAAUGCUUCUGCUCCACUUCCAAGCGGUCUUCUGCCCAUGAUGCCCGGCCCAACUACUGAAUUUAAAGGAAACCUUUUCAUACCUGCUCCUGUGACUACAACUGAUCAGAGUGCUGAUCAACAGCCUGCUAUUGGCAAUCCUUCAUCACGUCCCUCAUCCCGAAAUGAAGAAGAGGACAGGGGCGAUCAACAGUCACAGCAUUCCCGAUCAAGCUCUGUUUCCCUUACUUCAGCUGAAGUCCGUAGCUAUAUGAUGCCCCAGGACCCAGACCCACCCCCUCAAGAAACCAAUUCCGUUCCUCCACCUAUGUUCUUUGAUCCAAUAGUCUUCAGUCAGCCUCAGGCUCAGGCCUCACCAAGAAAAUCUCGCUAUCCGGGUAUCCGGAAAAACUAAUUGUCGAAAAAAAAACAUUUAAUUUAAAAAUUGGAGAUUUUGAAAUAUUUGUCUGGUGUAUUUAAUUUUAUGAGAUUUUUUGAGAAGUUUUUGCAUAUGAUUCACGUUUCCGCUUCCUUCCUUUCCUUCCUUUCUCUUUCUCUCUUUCUUUUGAUUUUCAUAUUUUGAAUUUAAGCUGUACUUUUUCCAUUCUUCCUCUCAAAAAUUAAUUCUGCUCUGGGUCUGACCCAUUUUGAUCGGGAUUUUUUCAUCAAGUUUUCAGUGGUUAUCAAAUGAAAAAAUCCACAUUGAUUUUUUUUUUUUUUUUUUCGAACCAGACAAAUAUUUCAAAAUCUCCAAUUCCUCUAACUGUAAUAAAUAAAAAUUAAUGGGUGGAGCAACAAAAAAAAAAAAAGGGGGGGUGUUAAUACUAUUUAUAAGAAUUAUGGCACUUUUGGACAAUUUUAAUCCUAUUUCUCAAAGAAAAAUGUAUUGAUUCCAACAGCACUUUAUUUCACAACUGAGAUGUAAGAUUAUUUUAUUUUGAAUUCAGCUACAGAUUUGCACUUUAUUAUUUUGAUCUGAAUCCUUUGCUGUCUUUGAAUGUUUUUUAAUGAGAGCCAGGCUUCCUUUUUUUUCACCAAUAUUGUUAUGUUUUAUUAGCUUAAUCCACCUUUAUUAGUUUAACUUCCAAGUUACCUUAUCUACUCAGUCUACCUUAAAUUUGUUAUCAAUUCUUCUGCUCUUUGGUUAAGACACUUAUCUAUAUAGUUAUCUCCUUUAGUAAAAAAAAAAAAUUGGACUAUCUGCUCUUUAAAUUAACUUUAAAAAAAAAAAAAAAAAAAACCUUUAUCAUGUACCUUAUAGGUACCAUUAGUUAAGCAAACUUGCACUCUAUAAUCUGUAGUAAUAUUUUAGCAAAAGAAAAAUGCCGCACUCUCCGGCUUUGACAUCAUUAUUUUAUUAGUCCAAAAAAAAAAAAGUAGAAAAUUCUGUACUAUCUUAAUUUUAUUAUUUCUGGUAUCAAUCUCUUUCAAAUGUCAGUCUUAUUUUUAGCCUUUGCUCGGAAGAAGUCAGCAAGUGAUACCAUCUCAGAUAAUUCAACAGUGUCACUUCUGUCAUUAUGGCUCAGGCUUUUGUUUUGUUUGUUCUGCACUUUUUUUCUUUUUUGUUUUUUUUUUUUUGUUCAGUUGGCGGGUUUGUUAUGCGUGGUCUCUCAGUGGCUAUACUGGAUGAUUAUUCUCUGUUUAGCUCUCCCAGUAUAGUUUGCUGAGCUUAUCGCAUUUCAAACCCACUUCUGAAUAAUACUAGCUUGUCUCUGAGGUUAAGGAUUUUUUUUCUCUCUUCCUCUUUAAUUCCAGUCAGAAGUCAGUUUGUUCAGCGUUCUGGUUUGUUAUGUGUGGUCUCUCAGUGACUGUACUGGAUGAUUAUUCUGUUUGAUAGUUCUCCCAGUAUGGUUUGCUGAGCUUAUCACAUUUCAAACCCAUUUCUGAAUAAAUCUGACUUCUUUCUUGGUUUGAGGGCUGAUUUCUAUCUUUUCAUUUAUUAUUGUUUGUUUUGGGAUUAAGUUUUGUUCAAAAGUCUCCCAUAAUGGCUCUGAAGUAGACAUUUGUUAAGUCUCAAUCUGCUGACUUCAUUCUGAGGGGUAGAGAUAUUUUAUUCACUGUUUUUCAAAUAUGUAUGUAGCAUGAUCACAUUUACUGAAACUUGUUUUAAUCCAUUUCAUACAAUCAGUUUAAGUGUCAUAACCAGCUGUCAUUAUUUUUCAAUCAUCUUUUCGAAGCCUGGCUCUUUUUGAGAACUUUUUUUUAACAUCUCGAGUUUCAUAGUUUAUACUUAUUGAAUUUCACAGCAAAGGAAAUUUAACUGCUUUUACUUUAUUUCUUUUCUUGGAAUCCUAAAAUUUCUCUAAUUUAUCAUAGCUGUAUUUACAAAAGGUAAAUAUUGAUACGGGGGUGGGUCUCUUUUGUCCAUAAAUAAAGUAAAUAUGAGUUCUGACUUG